GCCCAUAUCAGUACAGCAACAAACGCCUUAUAUUUUCUUCUGCAUACCAUUAUAACCACUUAUUCGUCAGAUUUCGUCCGUGCACCAAAAGCUCGUUAAAAUAUCUUCUUACCGGUAUCAAAUUGGUUAUUGAACCUAUUAAAUGAAUCGAAAAUCGCAAGGACGUCUUGGAAUAUAAAAAGUACGGUUUCGGAUUGUGAAGUCAUUGUGUUUUAACUCGGGCAACGAGCGUACCGGCAAUAUGGACAAAAAAAUAACUUGUGUUUUCAUCUCCUGUCUCGCUCUGGCUCAAGCUGGCCUAAUUCUAGUCCCUUCGGCCAAAUUCCUCGAAGGCCCAAGCACUAGAACUAAAGUAAUCGGACCAGAUGGAAGCAUCAUCGACGCCUACGCUCCAGGAGGCAAAAUUCUUCUAGAAGACAAUCAAGCUGGACCUCUUCUUCAGGCUGCUCCUGUUGUACUUGCCCAGCCUGCUAUUGCUGUCGCUGAACCGCAUUACUUUGGACUUCAACAACAAGAACUUGCCAUAGCUGAGCCGCCUAAACCUGUAGCAACCAACGCUGUGCUUGAAGACAAUGUUAAUAUUGAAGCCUCUAAAAUUUCUCGAGUGUCCGAGGAUGGUCAAAAAGUACUUCUCCAUCCGGGAACUCCAGAGAGAGUAGAAACUAGAGAAUCGGUGCCAGUUACAGAAGAGACAAGUGAAACUGUUACAGCUACUGAAUUGCCUGAAACAACUUAUGAAACUGAAAGUAGCAGUCCUGAUUUGAGCGGAGAAUAUAUUCCUGAUAAAUUCGAACAUUUGUUUGAUGAUGGUAGCUACAGACCAGAACACUACUGAAGUUAAUGGAGACUGAUGAAUUUAUUUAUAUAUGUAGCAUUACAAAUUUAACAAUAAAUAAUAUUUUUUUUUAAGUUGUUGAGCUUUGAUCUAGGAUUCCUUUUUGUUUAAGUUUUG